AAUGUAGAUCUUCAAACGGAGAAAUGAAAAAAGGGUUUCAAAAACCAAAAUCGAACCGUUAUUUGAAUUUGGUUUAGUCGUUUUUCGUUUUUAGAUUCAGAAACCUAAAACGGAAGAACGGCUCUUUUUUUAGCCUUUUUUUAAACGACAAACGAAAAACGUGUGGUUUCUCGUUAUUUUGUUUUUUUUGUUUAAACGAAAAAACAAACUAUCAAAACGUACACGGACCCUUCAAAUGGAAAAGUACGAAAUAAAACUCGCGCAUCACUUUCAGUGAAGCUCCUCCUACAACAAUCCACCAAUAAAUGCUGGAAUCAAACACACAGAGAAAUCACUUCAUGUGUGACAACUGAAAUCUUCAUGACAUAAUGUUGAUGCUGGUAAAAGAGGAGCUUGAGAAGAUGACAGAUCCACAACCAUGCAGAAUAAAGGAUGAAGAUACUGAGGAACAAAUAGAAAUGAUGGAAGUGAAAGAGGAGAGUCAAACUGAAGUGGAUGAGAAACAUCAGAUUGUAAAAAUAAACCAUAAUGUUUCACAGAAAGAAACUCUGAAGACAGAAGACAUAAAGUCUGAAAAUAGUUCCAGUGAAGAUGAACGCCCUGCAGAUCACAACAAGACUCACAGUGAGGAGAAACCUUUAACAUGUCAACAGUGUGGCAAGAGUUUCAGAAGAAAAGCUCACCUUAACGCACACAUGAGGAUUCACACUGGAGAGAAACCAUUCACAUGCCAUCACUGUAAAAAGAGUUUUACAACUGCAUCUAACCUUAAGAAACAUUUGAGAAUUCACACUGGAGAGAAACCUUACACUUGUCAAGAGUGUGGAAAGAGUUUCACCUUUCAAACAAGCCUUAAAGUACACAUGAGGAUUCACACCGGAGAGAAACCACAUCUGUGCCAUCACUGUGAAAAGAGUUUUAGAACAGCAAGUAAACUUAAGACACACAUGAUGACUCACACUGGAGAGAAACCUUACACUUGUCAACAGUGUGGAAAGAGUUUCUCUAUUGAAAGAGACCUUAAGAUACACGCAAGAAUUCACACUGGAGAGAAACCGUUCACAUGCCAUGAGUGUGAAAAAUGUUUCAGAAGGAAGAGUAUCCUUACAGCACACAUGACAAUUCACAAAGGAGAGAAACCAUAUGCGUGUUUUCAGUGUGAAUGGUGUUUCAGUAUGGAGUGUCAACUUAAGAGACACAUGAUGAUUCACAGCGAAAAGAAACCUCACGCAUGUCUUCAGUGUGAAAAGAGUUUCAUACAAAAACGUGGACUUGUUAUUCACAUGAGAAGUCACACUGGAGAGAAACCUUACAUAUGUCUUCAGUGUGAAAAGAGUUUUACAAGUGAAGGUAAUCUUAAGACACAUGUGAAGAUUCACACUCGAUAGAAACCAUUCAUGUGUCAACAGUGUGGAUAUGGCAACAACGUUUAGAAAUCCGCUGGGGUCUUAUUAAUUAAAAUUAACGAUGUGCGUACGAUUCUUACUAAAAAUCUAAAUUCGCACAAAAGCCAAAAAUGGCGUACAGCAAAAAAGAUUCGGGCCGUCCUUCAAUAUGCGUUCCUGUCUGUACUUGUGUUCUUGUGAAACGUCAUCAGUCACGGCUCAAGUACUGUUCCAAUUCCAAGUUCACAUCAAGCCAAGUUCACAUGUACUUGAUCCGCUCAUUUUAUCAAGGAUGCAUAAGGAGGUGACUUGUGACAGUCAAGUUUCCCAGAAUGCAUUUUGCAUCAAUGGCAAUGAAGCUUACAGGACAAGUUGGGUAUUUUACACGUAAAGCCCUGUUUUCAGAUAGUUUAUGAUGAAAUAGAACGGGUUUGACUGAAAAUUGGACAUAUGCUGCUGCCCCGAGAAUUUUCGGCUUCUUUGGUAUC